GCGCGGGGGCGGGGCCGGGCGGGCGGUGCUGACUCGCAGCCCUGGCGGUGGGCACUGCGCGAUGUCGGGGGCGGAGGGACUCAUGGCCGAAGUAAGCUGGAAGGUCUUGGAGCGACGAGCCCGGGCCAAGCGCUCAGGCUCAGUUUAUGAACCUCUUAAAAGCAUUAAUCUUCCAAGACCUGGUAAUGAAACACUAUGGGAUAAAUUGGAUCAUUAUUACAGAAUUGUCAAGUCAACAAUGCUGAUGUAUCAAAGUCCAACUACAGGUCUCUUUCCUACUAAAACAUGUGGUGGAGAUCAGAAGUCCAAAGUCCAUGAGAGCCUGUACUGUGCUGCAGGUGCCUGGGCUUUGGCUCUAGCAUACAGGCGCAUUGACGACGACAAGGGAAGAACCCAUGAACUGGAGCACUCUGCUAUAAAGUGUAUGAGAGGAAUUCUCUACUGCUAUAUGCGGCAGGCUGAUAAGGUCCAGCAGUUUAAGCAAGAUCCACGGCCCACAACGUGUCUUCAUUCCAUCUUCAGUGUGCACACAGGAGACGAGUUGCUCACCUAUGAAGAAUAUGGCCAUCUUCAGAUAAAUGCAGUGUCUCUCUUUCUCCUUUACCUGGUGGAAAUGAUUUCUUCAGGUCUCCAGAUAAUUUAUAACACGGAUGAGGUCUCUUUUAUUCAAAACCUUGUAUUUUGUGUAGAAAGAGUUUACCGUGUUCCUGACUUUGGUGUCUGGGAAAGAGGAAGUAAAUACAAUAAUGGCAGCACGGAACUACACUCGAGCUCUGUUGGCUUAGCAAAAGCAGCCUUAGAAGCGAUUAAUGGAUUUAACCUCUUUGGAAACCAGAAAAGGGCAGGCCUCCCAUGGACAUCAACCAGUCAUGGUAUAUCAAGUCACAUGAAAGUGUUGUACUCUGACAGCAGCUGCUCCAGGAUGCUUUCUGAAGCCAGUAGAAAUGUGGGGAGCCCAAGACUCAGUUCCACUGCAGUAACCUUUUGUUUCUGUGAGGCAGCCUCCCACUGCAUCCUUCCCUUCGUCAACGCUUACUCUCUUUGUCUUACCUUGUGGAAGAUGUCUCUUUUCCUUGAGCUGUUUGAUGGCAUUGAAUGUGAAUUUCCCAUAUUUUUCCUCUACAUGAUGAUUGAUGGUGUUUUUAGAGGCAAUGUCCAACAAGUCAAGGAAUAUGAGGACCUUUUGACUCCUUUGCUUCAUCAGACCACAGAAGGAUAUCCUGUUGUACCAAAGUACUAUUAUGUACCGGCUGACUUUGUCGAAUAUGAAAAGAGAAACCCUGGUAGUCAGAAACGGUUUCCUAGUAACUGUGGCCGUGAUGGGAAAUUGUUUCUUUGGGGACAAGCUCUUUAUAUCAUCGCGAAACUCCUAGCUGAUGAGUUAAUCAGUCCUAAAGACAUUGACCCUGUCCAGCGCUUUGUCCCACUCCAGAAUCAACGUAAUGUGAGCAUGAGAUACUCCAACCAGGGUCCACUGGAAAAUGACUUGGUGGUUCAUGUAGCACUUGUAGCAGAAAGCCAACGCCUUCAAGUUUUUCUCAAUACAUAUGGCAUUCAAACUCAAACUCCUCAGCAGGUGGAACCUAUUCAGAUCUGGCCUCAGCAGGAGCUUGUAAAAGCUUAUUUCCAUCUGGGUAUCAAUGAAAAGCUAGGACUGUCCGGAAGGCCUGAUAGGCCCAUUGGCUGCCUUGGUACAUCAAAGAUUUAUCGAAUUCUAGGAAAGACUGUGGUUUGUUAUCCCAUCAUCUUUGACCUGAGUGAUUUUUAUAUGUCUCAGGACGUUCUGCUGCUGAUAGAUGACAUAAAGAAUGCACUACAGUUCAUUAAGCAAUACUGGAAAAUGCACGGACGCCCACUUUUCCUUGUCCUCAUCCGGGAAGACAACAUAAGAGGUAGCAGGUUCAACCCCAUAUUAGACAUGCUGGCAGCCUUUAAAAAGGGAGUAAUUGGAGGAGUCAAAGUUCACGUUGAUCGUCUACAGACACUGAUAUCUGGAGCUGUAGUAGAGCAGCUUGACUUCCUACGAAUUAGUGACACAGAAAAACUUCCAGAAUUUAAGAGCUUUGAAGAACUAGAAUUUCCCAAGCAUUCAAAAGUCAAACGACAGAGCAGUACCGUAGAUGCUCCUGAGUUGAAACAGGAACCGGAUAUCACCAUUACCGAGUGGAGAAACAAACCCACCCAUGAAAUCCUCCAGAAGCUGAAUGACUGCAGUUGUCUGGCUGGGCAAACCAUCCUGCUGGGUAUACUACUCAAAAGAGAGGGUCCUAACUUCAUCACAAUGGAAGGUACUGUGUCUGAUCACAUUGAGAGAGUGUAUAGAAGAGCUGGCACCAAAAAGCUUUGGUCGGUUGUACGCCGUGCAGCAAGUCUUUUAAGUAAAGUAGUGGACAGCCUGGCCCCAUCCAUUACUAAUGUUUUAGUGCAGGGCAAGCAGGUAACUUUGGGUGCCUUUGGACAUGAAGAGGAGGUCAUCUCUAAUCCACUGUCUCCAAGAGUGAUUAAGAACAUCAUCUAUUAUAAAUGUAAUACCCAUGAUGAAAGGGAGGCAGUCAUUCAGCAAGAACUGGUCAUCCAUAUCGGCUGGAUCAUCUCCAAUAGCCCUGAGUUGUUCAGUGGCAUGCUGAAAAUACGAAUUGGGUGGAUCAUCCAUGCCAUGGAGUAUGAGCUACAGAUCCGUGGUGGCCAUAAGCCGGCUGUGGACUUGUAUCAGCUCUCACCCAGUGAAGUUAAACAAUUGCUGCUAGACAUCCUCCAGCCUCAGCAGAGUGGACGAUGUUGGCUGGACAGGCGUCAGAUCGACGGGUCAUUGAAUAGAACUCCUCCAGGGUUCUAUGACCGAGUGUGGCAGAUCCUGGAGCGUACACCCAAUGGUAUAGUCGUAGCUGGGAAGCAUUUGCCACAGCAACCAACCUUGUCCGAUAUGACUAUGUAUGAGAUGAAUUUUUCUCUCCUUGUUGAAGACAUGUUGGGAAACAUUGACCAGCCAAAGUACAGGCAGAUCAUUGUAGAGUUACUAAUGGUCGUGUCCAUUGUGCUGGAAAGAAACCCUGAACUAGAAUUUCAAGACAAAGUGGAUCUAGACAGACUGGUCAAAGAAGCAUUUCAUGAGUUCCAAAAAGAUGAGAGUCGACUAAAAGAAACAGAAAAACAAGAUGAUAUGACCUCCUUCUACAACACGCCCCCACUGGGGACACGGGGAACCUGCAGCUAUCUGACGAAGGUUGUGAUGAACUUGCUGCUGGAAGGAGAGGUCAAGCCAAGCAAUGGGGACUCAUGUCUGCUUAGCUAGCGAGGAAGCCUGGGUGACAGCUUCCCAGCUGUGCUAUUUGUGGUAAAACUAAUCCAGGCAGCCAAUAAUGGGUGAACUGAUGUGUAGUGGGGUAGAUGUUGUGUUCAUUUGCCAUUAUUUGACCUUUGCACGCCAGCAGCAGUUGAAUGGUAAGCAGUGGUUGGAGUCAAGUGAACCCAGUCUCCAUGAUUUGUGCCAGCUGCUCUAAUCUUCACCGAACCACAGAAAUAAUAUGUGAAUUGAAAAUUCACUACUGCACGUUUUGUGAUCAAAUAUUUCAUCAAAAUUCUGCUUCUUUAGACUGAAUUUUCACCUUCCAGCUAUUAAAACAAACUUGCCAACCAGUGAUGCUUUACUGGGACUCACAAGGUAUUGUGAGGAUGGUGAAGGUUGUGCCCCUGUGGCACUAAAAGAGCAAGAUGUGCAAUCAGAUCAAAAGAAGCAGUUAACCCCUGAUACUUAACUUCAGAAGCUGCAUUACUAAUAAUGCUGUGCAAAACUCUUAGUUUUUACCUUGUAAACAUGACUAUGGAUUGUUAUUGUGUUAAAUGUAAGGACUGGUCUAAAAUAUAAUGUAUCAAACAUUUUUCUGAGCAUCUGUUAAAUGUAGGAUUACAGAAGUGUGUUAACUGCACUCACAUGCACAUACCACAUGCAGGCACACACACCUGCACAUAAUUACAAAUAAUAAUAUAAAAAAUUUUAAGUAGUUAAAUUUAAGACUAUUGAUCUUGUAAAAGCAAAGUUGAAAGUCCAAAAAUUAUGUUUCUGAACUAACAAAUAUAUCUGGAAAUAUUCUUUGUCCAAGUUCACAAUACUGAACUUAGUAAUCCUGAAUGUUUUCAUUUAAUUGAUUUGGACAUUGAUUUUGCUGCCGAAUUUACCUAAGCAAGUAGGUUAAAUAUUUAAAUCUUACCAAUGUAUUUCCUUCCUAGAUGUCACAAUGUGGCCCACUUGCUUGGUCUCUGAUCCCACCCAGCAAGCAUCAUUUUUCUGACUAGUCUUACUGAGUUUCACCUAAGAAGUUAGAUUUGUUACAUAAAAUAUGUAGCCCAAGUUAGACUCGGAAAGAUUAAGGAGGGACAAGUGGUUUUUCCAGGUUACAAGUCAAUCGAUGCCAGGUCAACUGAUAGUGAACACCUGAAGAAAGGCAGCCCAACACGGCUCCAACCAGAGCAAGGUAUGUUUGCGACACUGUGUCAGUUGUCAAAGCUGGGAAUAAUGAUACAACCCAGCCUUGCAAACCAGACAAAGAAGAGAAAUAGAUGACCUGAUUCAGUGUGUGAAGAGAAGUUAUGAAAAGAUGGUCCUGAGGAAGCCACUUACAAAACUUAAGGUAGAAAAACACAGUCAUGAAGCCCAUGGAGACAGAAUAAGUUCUGAUGGCUGAUGGGUAGGGAGGAAAGAUUAAAGAAUGACAGAGAGGGAAAACCCUUGAAGUAUUUAAUACUUGUUAAAAAUUCAGAAGAAAGUAAACACUUGUGUCCUUAUGAAUUAAAUUUUUUGAUUAGCUAAGCAAAGCUGCAAGAAAACUGCUGUCUGAGCAGUCAGCUUCCUGUUACAUAGGCAAAGUUUUGACAUUUUCUUCUGCUCUUGAAAGUGUUCAAAAUCAGCAACUGUGUAUCAACAUUUUAAAUUAUGAAAUGCAAAAUUUAUUGUUCUGCAAGAUACUUUUGGAUGAUCAAUAAAUCUUGAUGUUCCUCUAUCA